CCUUCUCCCCUUCUAUUCUUCUCUCUUUUCAUUUCCUUCCCCAUAUAUGCAUAUAUAUAUAUAUGUAUAUAUCUUCCAAUCUCUUGUUUGCAUUAUCUAACUUGCUGCUUUCAUAAGCUGCUUCAACUUCAGAACUUGCGACACUUGAUGUUCUUGCUUUUGUUUCAGCGCUCAGCUCUAUCAUUGUUUUCCCACCUUCUCAUCUUUAAUAUAAUACCGCCUGUUUGACAAAGCAGUUCCCUUACGCAAAUCAAUGCUGCGGUGUGGCGUCGUCCAUAUAUAGUACUACAAAUGAAAUAUGUGACAGAUUUGCAACGGCUGGAUUUCAUGCAAACCUGAUAAGCUACUUGACCCAAGAGAUGAACAUGCCUCUCGUAUCUGCCUCCAACACUCUCACCAACUUCUCCGGAACUUCCAGUUUCACUCCUCUCAUUGGUGCUUUCAUCGCCGAUUCUUUCGCCGGCCGCUUCUGGACGAUAAUCAUCGCUUCUCUCAUCUAUCAACUGGGUUUGAUUAGUGCUACUGUAUCAGCAGUAUUGCCAUCUCUGCGUCCUCCACCAUGUCCAACUCAGGUGAACUGCAAAGAAGCUUCACUUUCCCAACUUUGGGUACUUUACGCCUCUCUCCUUCUCACAUCAAUUGGGUCCGGAGGUAUUAGGCCUUGUGUGGUGCCUUUUUCUGCAGACCAAUUUGAUAUGUCCAGAAAAGCCGUCGCGUCCAGGAAGUGGAAUCUCUUCAAUUGGUACUUCUUCGCCAUGGGGUUGGCUUCCUUAAGUGCUCUCACUGUGGUGGUUUACAUACAAGACAACAUGGGCUGGGCAUGGGGGCUUGGCAUUCCAACCAUCGCCAUGCUCAUAUCUGUUAUCGCCUUCGUCUUAGGCUCACCACUUUACAAGAUGGAGAAACCAAGCGGCAGUCCUCUGCUUCGCUUGCUUCAAGUCAUUGUUGCAGCUGUGCACAAGAGUAAGCUGGUUCUGCCCCAAGAUCCCAACCUUUUGUACCAAAAUAAGCAGCUUGAUGUUCAUAUUUCCUUGCACGGAAGGCUUCUACGCUCUGAUCAAUACAAGUGGUUGGAUAAAGCUGCGAUAGUAACAGAGGAGGAAGCCAGAGAUGCGAAUGCUCCUCCAAACUUAUGGAGAUUAGCCACUGUGCAUAGAGUUGAGGAGCUAAAAUGCAUAAUUAGAAUGCUUCCCAUUUGGUCGGCUGGCAUAUUGCUUGUAGCUUCUUCAUCACACCUUCAUAGCUUUGUGAUUCUUCAAGCUCGCUCCAUGGAUCGCCACCUCUCUCACUCAUUCCAAAUCCCACCAGCCACCAUGUCCAUCUUCAGCGUGCUGACCAUGAUGUUUGGUGUUGUCCUAUACGAACGCCUCUUUGUUCCCUUGGCUCGUAGAUUCACAAAGAACCCUUCUGGGAUCACAUGCCUGCAGAGAAUGGGAGUGGGAUUUGUGAUUGGUAUUAUAGGCACAGUGGUUUCAGCACUAGUGGAAAUGAAGAGAAAAUCAGUGGCUGCCAAGUACCACUUAUUGGAUGAUCCAAAAGCUACUAUUCCUAUCAGUGUUUUCUGGCUGGUACCUCAGUAUUUCCUUCACGGGGUGGCCGAAGUUUUCAUGUCCGUGGGGCAUUUGGAGUUUCUGUACGAUCAGUCUCCAGAGAGUAUGAAAAGCAGUGCUUCAGCUCUGUAUUGCAUAACCACAGCGAUUGGGAGCUAUAUGGGGACUAUGAUGGUGUCCUUGGUUCAUGAUUAUAGUGGGAAGGGAGGUAAUUGGCUUCCUGAUAGGAAUAUAAACAGGGGGAAAUUAGACUACUAUUACUUUUUAGUUAGUGGGGUUCAGGUCAUAAAUCUGAUAUAUUAUCUGAUAUGUGCUUGGCUUUACACUUACAAGCCCCUAGAAGAACUUAGUGAGACCAUGAACGAAGAAGAUGGUUUGGAACGGGCUGAUGAUAAAUUCCCAUCUCACAAAUUAAAUGAUGGUAACAGGGAAGUGGAAGACACAAAAUCUUCAAAACCAAGUCCCAAAAGUCCAAUGGGAUGUGUAAAGCCGGCGCUAUAGAUAAUUUUGGUAUAAGAAGCGUUUGACUUGUUUAUCUAAUCUUGAUGUGUGCAUCCAGUUACAUCAUUCUCGUAAUCUUAGGAGAUAUUAGCUCUUA